AUGGAUGAGGAAGUGGGAGCAGUAUUAGAUUACGAGAGUUUAUACCCUUCAAUUAAAAUUGAGUCUUGUUUGAAAAUGUUAAUGGCGUUCUUGUUUAAAGAAAACUCAGAGUUGAUACACCACAGGAACGAAGUUUUAGAGAUGGCUAAUCUUGUAUGCUGUGAAUCCUUCUUUGGCUUUGAAGGCCAAACGUACAAACAAAACAGGGGAGUUCCUAUGGGAAGCCCAAUAUCGGGUCUUCUAUUCGAAUUGGUGGUAAAAAAAAUAGAGGAAAAGGUUGUGCAUAGCUUCAGAAAUGAUAUUGUUUACUUCAAGAAAUAUGUGGACGAUAUCUUUAUACUAUGGAAAAGUAAUCGAGGAAUCAGUAAUUUUAUUGAAAGAAUCAACGAUAACAAAGACGACCUAAACCUGAAGCUAGAGCAGAAAAGUUCUGUAAUGAUACAUUUCUUGGAUAUCAAUAUCACCUUUAAGAAAGGGCAUUUAUCUACUAAUGUGUAUACCAAACCAACGCAUAGCCCACUCUACAUUCCUGCGCAGUCCAGUGAUCCAUUUCGUUAUAAAUUAGCAGCUUUUCGUGCCUUAGUUAGAAGGGCUUUUCUAUAUUGCGAUAACAUUAUGUACAGAAAUAAAGAAAUGAAAAGGAUUAUGCAGAUAGCAGAAACCUUGGGUUACAGAAGAAACAUAAUCACUGGCAUUAUUAGAAAAUUCGAGAUAGGCGAUACAGGAGCCUCUAAACAAGGGCCUAGUAAAUACACAAAGUAUACAUUCAACAAAAAUGUAAGAACUGUCAUGAAGGAGAUUGCGGACAAUAAAGGAUCAACGUUGAUCGUAAAACGAGCUCCGAAUCCGUACAAGAUCCUAAGAAAUGAUAAAGGGGAUAUUAAGAAAGAAGAUAAAGCAGGAGUGUAUAGGAUCCCGUACGAGAACCAGCAGUUAGGAAUAGAAAAGGAGUACAUAGGAGUUACAACGAGAAACCUAGGAAUAAGGGUCAAAAAGCAUAAAUAUGAUAUUAGAAAAAGAUCUAACACAACGGUUCUGGCCCAAAUGGCUCAGGCCGAUGGAUCCGUAGUUAGGUGGGAGGAUGCGGAAAUCAUCAGAGAAGUGCACUCCCCAAUUUUACCGAAAACUGCCGAAAAGAUGGAAAUAUAUAGGAGCAAGUUAGAUGAAAAAUGCAUAAACGCCAGAGAUGCGGAGGGCCUACCCUCAGCAUGGAAGUAUGCCGUUAAAAAACUUACAAGUAGCUCUUGA